GACUCAUCUGACAUCGCUUCUUCUGGAUAAGGUUCUCUCCAAUGCCAACACCCAAACAGACAAUUUCUGUGAUCAUCUCAGCCAUUUUCACUUGCGAAUUUCCGUGUGUAAGAAACCAAAACCAAGGCGUCUUCCCUUCUCAAUCUCAAUCUGAAAUCCUGCCAAUUUAGAGUUACAAUUUCCAGUUUGAUCAGCCUCCAAUGCUUUUCUUGUGGUUUCUCAGUUGACGCAUCAUCGGCUUAAAUUACACUUUCCUUUGCUCACAAGAGAGAGAGAGAGAGAGAGAGAGAGAGAGAGAGAGAAUGUCAGUUUUAGCUGCGAACUCUCACAUUCUAUACAGAGAAGUAUAUCAUCAGAGAGAUCAUCAACAACAGCAGCAGCAGUCAUCAAGUAGUGGAAGCUGUUCAGUGAUUGUAAACGGAGUGGGGUUCAUUACGUCUACAUCAUAUUUCGGGAACGAUAUUACUAAGCAGAGGGAGUGGAGAAGAAAAUGGAGAAAAGAAUUGAAGGCAGAAGCGUUUUGGCAAGGUGUGUCAGGACCCACCGUGGUUGAAAUGGAACACAUUGGCGAUGAUGAUCAACUGGAUCAGAUUCUCCUCCAGGCUCAACAGCUUUCCCAACCCAUCAUCAUCGACUGGAUGGCUGCUUGGUGCCGGAAAUGCAUCUAUCUGAAGCCUAAACUGGAGAAAUUGGCAGCAGAGUAUGAUACGAGGAUCAAAUUCUAUUAUGUGGAUGUCAACAAAGUCUCUCAAGCUCUUGUGAAGCGUGGAAACAUAUCAAAAAUGCCUACAAUUCAGUUGUGGAAAGAUGGAGAGAUGAAGGAAGAGGUGAUUGGUGGGCAUAAAGCAUGGUUGGUGAUUGAUGAAGUCAGAGAGAUGAUUCAAAAAUAUGUUUAAUGGACAAGUUUUAUACCUCUCGUCUUCUUGUCCUUUGUAACUCAUUCACGUAUGCGAGUAUAUACUAUUUGUUCUAUCAAAAAAAAGAAAAAAGUUAUAUACUAUUUGUUUAUAAUUCUACCUACCCUUUCCAGUUCGUCUAAUGUGACACAUUGUCUGUAAUUCAUUUUAAAAUAAUGAUACAAUAAAAAAUGAUGCGCAUUGCGCUAACAAAAUGAACACA